UCUGUUCUUUGCGGUCGACGCGAGCUGAACGGAAGGGGCUGUUUUCCCCCAAAAUAUGCACAAGAGUUACGUUUCUAAACUCGAGACGUUGAAUUUCUGAGCAUCAAUAUGAUCAGCUGUCGUUCAAGCCGGUAGAGACUUGGCCGAGAGUAGGAACUGAGCCCAGCUCAGGUUACACGGAGGCAGGUGCAGACAGAUGUUCUUAACCAGAUGGACAGAAAACACCAUGACACCGAAACAACACCCACCAUUACUGUCUCAUGCAGGACAGGUCCUGCAGAGAGCACCAGCCACAGCAGCUGUCCACCCUCACAAAACAUCUUCAUCAUGGCGUACAAAGCAGCACAUUUGGCCUUCAAGUCGCGCUGGCACAAGACCGACGAAGAACUCUGUCGCCACAGUAUGUCCUUUGUCUUGCAUAAGGCAAUCCAAAAUGACUUCUUUAAGUGUUACCUUUAUCUGCUGGAGAAGCUUCCCCUGGUGAAACUUUAUGCUUUGACAAGUCAAGUCAUCAAUGGGGAGAUGCAGUUCUACGCCAGGGCCAAGCACUUCUACCGGGAUGUGCCAGCCACAGAAGAGGGAAUGAUGGGAGACUACAUCGAGCUCUCCAACACAGACGUUGAAUCCUCCAGGGAAUUUCUCAGGAAGUUUGUUGGGGGGGUGGGGAAGGCCGGCACCAACCGCGCCCUGGACUGCGGCUCUGGGAUAGGUCGUAUCAGCAAACACGUCCUGCUGCCGGUUUUCAAGAGCGUGGAACUGGUGGAUAUGAUGGAGAAUUUCCUGGCCGAGGUCCCAAACUACCUGCAGGGCAAGGAGGACAGAGUAGAGAUGUAUUAUUGCAAAAGCCUCCAGGAAUUCACUCCAGCCCCACAGAGAUACGACGUCAUCUGGAUUCAGUGGGUUUCAGGAUAUCUGACAGAUAAAGAUCUCCUGGAGUUUCUCAUCCGGUGCCAGAAUGGCUUGAAGGAUAAUGGUGUUAUCAUUCUCAAGGACAAUGUAGCCAGGGAGGGCUGUACCCUGGAUUGCCUGGACAGCAGCGUGAUCCGAGACCUGAACAUCCUCCACAGCCUCAUUGAAAUGAGUGGACUCACCAUCCUGCGGGAGGAGAGGCAGGAGGGGUUCCCUGAGCAGUGUGUCCCUGUCUGGAUGUUGGCCAUGCAGAAAGGCCCUGGCCAUUCCUGAUUGCCUAGUGGAACUGUAGAGACUGGACUAUGGGUGAACCACUGGACUGGGAAGAGGAAAAGCAUCUACUGGAAUACUCCUCACCAUGCACUGCUGCUACUGCAGCUCUAGGGCAGCAACUCCUAAAGGGUCAGGAGAGAAUUAACAAUGGAGUCAACUUCUCCAGGGAAUUGUCUGCUUCUGAAUCCUGCCUGCUUCAUCAUUCUUUCCAUUUUUAAAAGUCUUUCUAACAGCUCCUUGUUGGAGCUCUCUUUCAUUAAGGAGUCAAUAUUGGAUAAAACUUAACUAGUAGAAAAUAAUUAGGUCUGAAUUUUCUGUAGUUGCUAAUACAUUUUGGAGUGUUCUGUACGAGGUGUUAAAUAAGCCUGGUUUUUACUAUAGCACUUAAAUCUUCUUGGAAUUUAAGAGGGUUGUGUCAGAUCACUGAAGCAGGAAAUUCAAAUAACUUCUUGGAAAACCGAACUCGAAUUUUGAUUGUUCUCACUAUCUGUACUUUAAAAUAUUUAAACCAAAAAUCUAAGGGAAGUUUUAUCUUUUUGUUGGCAUCGGCUAUGCAGUUUAUUUAUUUUUUUCAUUUCUGUCAAUUUGGACAAUAAACCAACCUGGUUAAUUUUCCAUUUUCAGGAA